AUGUCAAUGUGGGUUAGAGCAGUGAGACAAGGAACAAGACAGUACAGAGGAUUCUCCUCUGCGAGAGUUUGGCUGAACGAGGCCAAGAAGGAGGCCUCCGAGACCGCUGCCGAGAAUGCCAAUCCACUGGAGGCAGAGCUGGCCGCCACCAAGGAGAAGUUGCUGGCAAAGGACAAGGAGUGUGUCGAGUUCAAGGACAGAUAUUUGCGGUCUGUGGCCGAUUUCCGUAACUUACAGGAAACAACCAAAAGAGAGAUCCAGAAGGCUAAGGACUUUGCCCUGCAGAAGUUCGCAAAGGACUUGAUCGAGAGCGUAGACAACUUUGGCCACGCUCUUAACGCUGUUAAAGAAGAUACCUUGAAGACCAACGAGGAAGUUGCUCAAUUGUACGAUGGUGUUAAGAUGACCAGAGACGUUUUCGAAAAGACCUUGGCCAAACACGGAUUGACCAAGAUCGACCCUGUUGACGAGCCAUUUGAUCCUAACCGUCACGAGGCCACUUUCCAGGCUCCUGUCGAGGGCAAAGAGCCAGGAACCGUUUUCCAUGUGCAACAGCCUGGUUUCGAGCUUAACGGACGUGUUCUUCGUGCUGCCAAGGUUGGUAUCGUGAGAGAAUAA